UAAAGGAACGGAACGGACAUCACACGAUAAGAUUUGCAGAAAAAUCAUGGCUGGGAGCAUUCCAGACUUCCUUUUGGACUCCUCGAGCUGCAAGAGCAUUCCACUUCUGGGCUUCGGCACGGCCGAAUACCCUUUUGGGGCCUCCUCUGAAACCAUGAGAGAAACCUUCCUUCAUGCCAUCAGACUGGGAUACCGCCACUUUGAUACGGCUGCUCUUUACCAGUCCGAGCAGUAUCUUCGGGAAGCCAUUGACGAGGCCCUGCGCCUUGGCUUAAUCAGAGGCAGAGACGAACUCUUCAUCACUUCCAAGCUCUGGUGCAGCGAUGCACACUACGACUGUGUCCUCUCUGCACUGCAGAAAACACUCGACAAUCUAAAUUUGGAGUACAUAGAUCUUUAUCUUAUUCAUUGGCCCGUAAGCUUGAAGCCAGGAGAAAAAGAACUGCCUGUUAAAAAGGAGGACCUCCUUCCUAUAGAUCUCAAAUCUGUAUGGGAAGGUAUGGAAAACUGUCAAAAGCUUGAUUUGGCUAAAUCCAUCGGUGUAAGCAACUUCUCCAUAAAGAAGCUUCAAACCCUACUUGCCACAGCAAAGAUCCCUCCAGCCGUCAAUCAAGUAGAGAUGAACCCGCUUUGGCAACAGAAAAGCCUGAGAGAGUUCUGCGAGGACAAGGGUAUACAUGUGACGGCUUACUCUCCCUUGGGAGCCAAAGGAACACUUUGGGGAACAAACUGGGUAAUGGAAUGUGAGGUGCUGAAAGAGAUUGCUUAUGCUAGAGGAAAAUCAGUUGCUCAGAUUUCAUUAAGAUGGGUAUAUGAGCAAGGAGUCAGUGUGCUUGUCAAAAGCUUCAACAAGGAGAGAAUAAAAGAGAAUCUAGACAUAUUUGACUGGAAACUAAGCCCAGAGGAGUUACAGAAGAUAAGCCAUAUUCCACAACGAAAAGGAUUCCCUGGAAUUGAAUUCAUCUCUGAUGAAGGCCCUUACAAGACUCUUUCAGAGCUUUGGGAUGGCGAGAUUUAAUUUAGCAUGCAUUUGGAUUGAACCAAGAUAUCAAGAAAUAGCGCAAAAACAUUUCAUAAGCUGUCAAAGAUUGAUGGAACAGCUAGCUAAACCCAUAUAGAAUUACUUUCACUUGUAAAUUUUUGUUACAUUGUGAUAUGUUGGAUGGUUUUAUGUAAAAUUUAAAACAAUGGAAGUGCAAUGGUUAAGCUUUACAUAUGUACUUUGAGGUUAUAUGAAUGAUGUUUCAAGCAAAAAUGAAUUUCUCUAUAUAUAGUAUUUUUUAACUUAUUAA